AUGGAACUCAACUUGGAUAGUAUCAUAGAAAGACUGCUGGAGGUCCGGGGUAACCGUCCAAUCAAGUCAGUACAAUUAAGCGAAGACGAAAUUAAAGGACUUUGCCAUAAAAGCAGAGAAAUCUUCUUAUCGCAAUCAAUAUUGCUAGAAUUAGAAGCACCGAUCAAAAUCUGCGGUGAUAUACACGGACAAUAUUACGACCUCCUCAGACUGUUCGAAUACGGAGGAUUUCCACCGGCGGCAAAUUACCUAUUUUUAGGAGAUUAUGUAGACCGAGGAAAACAAAGCCUCGAAACAAUAUGCCUACUUCUCGCUUAUAAAAUCAAAUACCCCGAAAACUUCUUUUUAUUACGUGGUAACCACGAAUGUGCAUCAAUAAAUCGAAUUUACGGAUUCUAUGAUGAAUGUAAACGCAGAUAUAGUAUAAAACUUUGGAAAGCAUUCACUGAUUGCUUCAAUUGUUUACCAGUCGCAGCCAUUAUAGAUGACAAGAUCUUCUGUAUGCAUGGCGGACUCUCUCCAGAAUUGACAACAAUGGACCAAAUAAGGCAGAUUUCAAGACCCACAGAUGUUCCCGACACCGGACUUCUUUGUGAUCUUUUAUGGAGUGACCCUGACCCUAAUACUACUGGUUGGGGUGAGAAUGAUCGCGGUGUUUCAUUCACUUUCGGGUCAGAUAUUGUUGUCAAUUUUCUGGCUAAACACGAACUUGAUCUUAUUUGUCGCGCUCAUCAAGUUGUGGAAGACGGAUAUGAGUUUUUUUCAAAGAGAAGGCUUGUAACGCUAUUUAGUGCUCCAAAUUACUGUGGAGAGUUUGAUAAUGCUGGUGCGAUGAUGAGCGUUGAUAAGACAUUAAUGUGUUCAUUCCAGAUCCUUAAACCUGUUGAUCGAAAACGGUUAAAAUGA